UUAUCUGAUCAUAUACAGGUCUAACUCCAGUCCUGGAUUCCAAUAUAUAAACGUGUCACGUAAAGACCAGAUUGCAGUGCUAUUGGAAACUUCAUUUUACGAAGAAAGAUGAAGUUCCUUUUGGCCCUUCUCGCUUUGGCUGUAAGCCUUUCUGUGGCUGAAAAACUCAGAUUCGACAAUUUCAGAGUCUACAGACUGAUUCCUAACGAUGAGGAGACCCUCAACAUCCUUAAACAAUUCGAGGAUACAGAAGAACUUUCUGAAUACAAUUUUUGGAGUCCUCCCCUCAAAGUAGGUGGAGAAGUAGAUCUUAUGGUACCUCCUUAUCGGUUUGACGAGAUAGAAAAUAUGGCGAAAAGCAGAGGGAUGAAUGCUAGUGUAUUCAUAGAGGACGUACAAGAACUCAUCGACAAUGAAGGUCUCAGAUCGCAAUCUAGAGCUGGAAGCUUCGGUUGGACUAGCUAUCACACUCUUGCAGAGGUAAAAAUCAAAAUUUAA